AUGUCGACGUCACACACUCUCGGCGGCGCCACCCGUUGUGGCCGGGUGAUUGGUCCGUCGCUGGACAAGAUCAUCAAAAACGCCGCGUGGCGCAAGCACACGUACCUCGUCUCCUCCUGUAAAUCCGUCCUCGACAAGCUCGAAUCUCUCCCCGACGACUUUCACGAUCCUUCCUCCACCGUCUCCGGCCUCGCCGCAGCGGACGCAGACUCCGUCCUCCAGCCUUUCCUCCUCUCCCUCGACACCGCUUAUUCCAAGGUCGUCGAGCCUGCUCUCGAUUGCGCCUUCAAGCUCUUCUCCCUCUCGGUCCUCCGCGGCGAGAUCCAGUCGUCCCGACAAGAGUCCGUCCUCUUCAAGCUCGUAAACGCCGUCUCCAAGGUCGGUGCCAUGGCGGAGGAGCCGAUCCAGCUCGCCGUUCUCCGAGUCCUCCUCGCCGCAGUCAGAUCUCCGUGCGUCCUGAUCCGCGGCGAUUGCUUGCUCCACGUCGUCAAGACCUGUUACAACAUCUACCUCGGCGGAUUAAGCGGGACGACGCAGAUCUGCGCGAAAUCGGUGCUGGCGCAGAUGAUGCUCGUGAUCUUCACCAGAUCGGAGGAGGACUCGCUUGACGUCGCCGUGAAAACGAUAUACGUGAACGAGCUGUUAACUUUCACGGACAAGACCGUCAACGAAGGGAGCUCUGUUUAUUUCUGCCAAGGGUUCGUGAACGAGGUCAUGGCUGCAGCACAAGGAAGCCCUCUUCCUCCUCCCGACGUGAUUCAGAUUCUGCUUCAAAACCCGGAGACCGAGACUGUCAUGACUCCGGACUCACCGUCGUUUCGUGGCUAUAACGGUGAAGCCGACUCUGACAUGAGCAAGAUGAGACAAGACGCUUUCCUUCUGUUUAAAAACUUGUGUAAAUUGUCCAUGAGGUUCUCGUCGCAGGAGAACAACGAUGAUCAGAUCAUGGUGAGAGGAAAGACUUUAUCUUUGGAACUGCUUAAGGUCAUCGUUGACAAUGGAGGUCCUGUUUGGCGCUCUAAUGAAAGUUUCGUUAAUGCCGUUAAGCAAUACUUAUGCUUAUCACUACUGAAGAACAGUGCGGUGUCAAUCAUGUCGAUAUUCCAAUUGCAAUGUGCGAUCUUCAUGAGCUUGCUAUCAAAGCUUAGAUCGGUUUUGAAAGCGGAGAUCGGAAUUUUCUUCCCGAUGAUCGUCCUCCGUGUGCUAGAGAACGUUCUCCAGCCUAGUUUCUUGCAGAAGAUGACUGUUCUCAACUUGCUGGACAAAAUGUCUCAAGAUCCGCAGUUGAUUGUCGACAUCUUCGUGAACUAUGACUGUGACGUGGAUUCCUCAAACAUACUUGAAAGGAUUGUCAACGGUCUUCUCAAAACCGCUCUUGGACCACCGACCGGUUCGUCGACAACACUGUCUCCGGCGCAGGACGGUACGUUUAGGAACGAGUCGGUCAAGUGUUUGGUUAACAUAGUCAAGGCGAUGGGGAAUUGGAUGGAUCAGCAGUUGAAAGUGAACGAGACGGUUUGGCCUAAAGGAUCACAAGUUUAUGCUUCUAUGGACAGUAAUGCAGGACUGAUUGUUGAAGAAGGAACUAUCUCUGACUCUGAUUCACAGCCGGAUACUACCAAUCCAGAAUCUUAUGAUGCUUCUAUGCUUGAGCAACGAAGAGCUUACAAGAUUGAGCUCCAGAAAGGUAUCUCUCUGUUCAAUAGGAAGCCUUCGAAAGGUAUUGAGUUUCUCAUAAGCAGCAAGAAGAUAGGAAGCUCUCCUGAGGAAGUGGCUGCGUUUCUGAUGAAGACGGCAGGGCUUAAUGGAAGCUUGAUUGGAGAUUAUCUUGGUGAAAGAGAGGAGCUUCCGCUCAAGGUUAUGCAUGCAUACGUGGACUCGUUUAACUUCGAGAAGAAAGAUUUUGUGGAAGCGAUUAGGUUCUUCCUACGUGGCUUUAGGCUACCGGGAGAGGCACAGAAGAUCGACCGGAUCAUGGAGAAGUUCGCGGAGCAUUACUGGAAAUGUAACCCUGAUUCUUUCACGAGUGCAGACACUGCUUAUGUUCUUGCUUACUCUGUGAUAAUGCUCAACACAGAUGCACAUAACAACAUGGUUAAGGAUAAGAUGACGAAAGCUGACUUUGUCCGGAACAAUCGAGGAAUAGAUGAUGGGAAGGACUUGCCUGAAGAGUAUUUAGGCUCUCUAUAUGAUCGAGUUGUGAAAGAUGAAAUCAAGAUGAAUUCUGAUACUUUAGCACCACAGAGCAAACAGGUGAAUGGAUUGAAUAAACUGUUGGGCUUAGAUGGAAUCCUCAAUCUGGUUUCUUGGAUGCAACCAGAUGAGAAACCUCAUGGUGCCAACGGACUUCUUAUAAGAGAUAUCCAAGAACAGUUCCAAGCUAAGCCAGGGAAAUCAGAGGAGAUUUAUCAUACUGUGACAGAUGUCUCAAUCUUGAGAUUCAUACUAGAAGUCUCAUGGGGACCAAUGCUUGCUGCAUUCAGUGUCACUCUUGACCAGAGUGAUGAUAGACUCGCAACGUCUCUGUGUUUACAAGGCUUCCGUUACGCGGUGCACGUCACUGCAGUUAUGGGAAUGCAAACUCAGAGAGAUGCCUUUGUCACUUCCAUGGCCAAGUUCACAAAUCUUCAUUGUGCUUCAGAUAUGAAGCAGAAGAAUGUUGAUGCUGUAAAAGCGAUAAUAACAAUAGCUAUUGAAGAUGGUAACCAUCUACAAGGAUCUUGGGAGCAUAUAUUAACUUGUCUUUCACGUAUUGAACAUCUGCAACUCUUGGGAGAAGUAUCACCAGGAGAUACACGUUACGUCCCUACAAAAAAAGCUGAGGCAGAUGAAAAGAAAGCCUUAGGUUUUCCGAAUCUAAAGAAACGUGGAGCUCUUCAGAAUCCAUCUGUGAUGGCUGUUGUUAGAGGAGGUUCUUAUGAUAGUACUUCUUCGCUUGUGAAAAGCGUUCCUAAACUAGUUACUCCAGAGCAGAUCAAGAACUUCAUCGCUAAUCUGAAUCUGUUGGAUCAGAUAGGCAACUUUGAGCUGAACCAUGUCUAUGCUAAUAGCCAGAGGUUAAACAGUGAAGCUAUAGUUGCUUUUGUUAAAGCUCUCUGUAAAGUCUCCAUGUCAGAACUUCAGUCACCAUCAGAUCCUCGUGUCUUUAGCCUCACGAAACUAGUCGAGACAGCGCAUUACAACAUGAGCCGGAUCCGGUUAGUGUGGUCACGGAUAUGGAACGUUCUCGCUGAUUUCUUCGUAGCGGUUGGCUUGUCAGAGAAUCUCUCUGUUGCAAUAUUUGUGAUGGACUCGCUUCGUCAGCUCUCUAUGAAGUUCUUGGAGCGUGAGGAGCUAGCAAGCUACCAUUUCCAGCAUGAGUUUCUUCGACCGUUCGUCGUCGUCAUGCAGAAAAGCAGCUCCGCUGAGAUCAGAGAGCUAAUAGUCCGAUGUGUUUCUCAAAUGGUUCUCAGUCGUGUUAGUAACGUACAAUCUGGUUGGAAAAGUGUCUUCACAGUCUUCACAACUGCAGCGAUCGACGAGAGGAAGAACAUUGUGCUGUUAGCUUUUGAGACGAUAGAGAAGAUCGUGAGGGAUCAUUUCCAUUGCAUAACCGAGACAGAGAUAUCGGUUUACGCAGACUGCAUCAGAUGCCUCAUCGCAUUCACAAACAGCAAGUUUGAAGGAGACAUUGGUUUCAACACCAUUGAGUUUCUUCGUUUCUGCGCUUUGAAGCUCGCACAAGGAGGACUUGUCUGGAACGAGAAGCUCAAGAACAGUAAUAUCUCAGCUUUGAAGGAAGAUUCAUCUGAUGAUACACAGAGUUUCACUGAACUUGACGAACAAGUCUCCUAUUGGGUUCCUCUGCUUUCAGGUUUAUCUAAACAAGCCUCAGAUCCGAGACCAGCUAUUAGAAAGCGUUCCAUUGAAGUACUGUUCAACAUUCUGAUGGAUCAUGGUCAUCUUUUUACAAGACCGUUUUGGACCGGAAUCUUCAGCACAAUCAUUCUUCCGGUUUUCAACAACAUACGUAGCAAAACCGAUAUGCUCUUUGAAGAAAGCGUUGACUCUCCAUCCUCAGCUUCUUUAGACACUGAGGAGACCACAUGGGACUCUGAGACGUCAACAUUCGCAUUGCAGCUUCUCGUGGAUCUACUCGUCAACUUUUUCACUUCCGUGAGGUCUCAGCUUUCGAGCGUGGUGUCAAUCCUCGUAGGGUUUAUAAAGAGUCCGUUUCAAGGCUCCACGGGAUCUGGGAUUUCUGUGUUGCUGCGUUUGGCGGAUGGAUUGGCUCCAAACGCAACUGAAGAUGAGUGGAGUGAGAUUUUCUUGGCUCUCAAGGAAGCAGCCUCGCUUACUUUCGCUGGUUUCAUGAAAGUCUUGAGAGCCAUGGAUGAUAUUGAAGACGUUGAAACAGUCUCCGGUCAAAGCGUAAACAACGAUGAUAUCGAUGAUGAUAACCUUCACAUCAUGUCUUAUGUUGUCUCUAGAACAAAGAAACACAUUGAUGUUCUGUCUCAAAUCGUCGAGGUUGUGGGUGAUUUAUACAGAAAAAACCAGUUUUCAUUGUCCGCAUCACACGUGGAUAUUCUCGCAGACAUUCUCUCUUGCAUCGCGUCUCACGCGCAGCAACUAAACACGGACAAAGUCCUUAGAAGGAAAUUCAAGAGAGCAUGUUCAGUCCAAAACCUAACAGAGCCUCAACUACUUAACUUCGAGAACGAGUCUAACAAGUCUUACAUGGUCUUCCUCCAAGACAUGGUCACUUGCAACCCAAACGUCUCCAAAGAACUCGAUCUCGAGUCUCGUCUGGUCGAUGAAUGUGCCAAAGUCGUGAAGAUUUACCUGAAAUGCACAGGUCAACAACAACCGCAAACAAAGCCGAUCCAUUGGAUUCUUCCGAUGGAAACAGAUCGCGUUGAAGAAGCGACGGCGAGGACUUCGCUGCUUGUUUCGUCACUCGAAGCCUUGUGUUCAUUAGAAGCAGAGUCUUUGAAAAGACACGUGUCGAGCUUCUUCCCUUUGUUGGUGGAUCUCGUGAGGACUGAGCAUUGCUCUCCACAAGUUCCGUACGUUCUAAGCAAUGUUUUGAAAUCGUGUAUUGGUCCCAUUUUGGCUUAG